GCAAGCAGGGAGAAAACGGAGCUGAGCAGCACGCCGCCACCGCCACGUCGAUCUCCACGGACUCCUCCAGAAACCGGCACGUCUGCAGCCACGACCCACGAGGCCACGAACGGAGAGCGGCGGAAAUCACCGAAAUAGCAGAGCAGCAGCAGCAUCCACGCUCUCCCGCGACGCGAUGACGAGCUCCUCCCUCGUCGCCGGCUCAGUGCUCCUCCGCCGCCUGGCCCCUCGCCUAUCCAGCCCGGCCCCGGCGGCUGCCGCGGCCGCUGCCACUGCACCGAGGGUUCCGGUUGCAGCCCGCGGCGGCGAAGGGGGCGUGGCCGUGUGCUGGGUGCGGCUGCUGUCCACCUCCGCCGCCGCCGCCGCGGCCAAGGAGGAGGCGGCCGCGUCCAAGGAGAACGCGGCAAGCACCGCCGCGGCGAAGGCGGAGGCGACGAAGGCCGCCAAGGAGGGGGCGAGCAGCUACUGGGGCAUCGCGCCGUCGAAGCUCGCGACCAAGGACGGCGUCGAGUGGAAGUGGUCCUGCUUCAGGCCAUGGGAGACGUACUCGCCGGACACGACGAUCGACCUGAAGAAGCACCACGAGCCGAAGGUGCUGCUCGACAAGGUCGCCUACUGGACUGUGAAGGCGCUGCGCGUGCCCACUGACAUCUUCUUCCAGAGGAGGUACGGCUGCCGCGCGAUGAUGCUGGAGACGGUGGCGGCGGUGCCGGGGAUGGUGGGCGGGAUGCUGCUCCACCUGCGCUCGCUCCGCCGCUUCGAGCCCAGCGGCGGCUGGAUCCGCGCGCUCCUCGAGGAGGCGGAGAACGAGCGGAUGCACCUCAUGACCUUCAUGGAGGUGGCCAAGCCGAGGUGGUACGAGCGCGCGCUCGUGCUCGCCGUCCAGGGCGUCUUCUUCAACGCCUACUUCAUCGGUUACCUCCUGUCCCCCAAGCUCGCCCACCGCGUCGUCGGCUACCUCGAGGAGGAAGCCAUCCACUCCUACACGGAGUUCCUCAAGGAAAUCGAGGCCGGCAAGAUCGAGAACAUCCCGGCGCCACCGAUCGCCAUCGACUACUGGCGGCUCCCUGCCGACGCCACGCUCAGGGACGUCGUCGUCGUCGUGCGCGCCGACGAGGCGCACCACCGCGACGUCAACCACUUCGCGUCGGAUGUCCAUUUCCAGGGGAUGGAGCUCAAGGAUACGCCUGCCCCACUCGAUUAUCACUGAUGAUUUUGUGUUUGUAAAGAAGAUUAUCACUGUUGAAAUCUUAGUGCGGCUUGUACUCUGGUCAGGUCUGCAGUUUUUACCAAGAAGCACAAUCUGUUAAGUGUUGACCUGUACUUUUGGCAGCAGUAGCUAGGAAGGAUAUAUGAGAAAUAACAAUGUUCACGAGUUGGCGAGAUUUCUCGCGAUCUGGAUUCAUGUGUGCAUGGAUCUCUGUUAUUGCACUCCCUACCAUAAGACAUUGACUGUUCAGUUCAUCGAUGGACUGAAUUAUUCUUCAGUCUGAUGCAUUUUGUUAUGUUCAUUGGAAAGUCGGAAAUUUGGAGCCAUGCAAUUCA